UGUUAAUUCGGACUAAAGCGUCCGCAUAAAGCUGAGGAAAAAAGAAAGAGAGAAGACUACUCUCACACCACCACCACCACCACCACCACCCCCAAAGACAAACAAUAGACUCCUUCCUCCUUCUUCGUCUCUCUGCAAUAAUUUUCUCUGAUACUUUAAGCUUGAUUCAGUUCAGCCAUGGCUAAUGCAGCAUCAGGAAUGGCAGUCCACGAUGACUGCAAGUUGAAAUUCAUGGAACUGAAGACGAAAAGGACAUACCGUUUCAUCGUGUACAAGAUUGAGGAGCAGCAGAAACAAGUGAUGGUUGAGAAAAUCGGUGAACCUAAUCAAAGCCAUGAGGAUCUUGCAGCAAGUCUUCCAGCUGACGAAUGCCGUUAUGCUGUUUUCGAUUUUGAUUUUCUCACUGCAGAGGAUGUCCCUAAGAGCAGGAUUUUCUUCGUCGCAUGGUCUCCUGACACAGCGAGAGUGAGAAGCAAGAUGAUCUAUGCGAGCUCUAAGGACAGGUUCAAGAGAGAGCUAGAUGGAAUUCAGAUUGAGCUUCAGGCAACUGAUCCAACCGAGAUGGAUCUUGAUACUUUCAAAAGCCGAGCCACUUGAUGGAGAAAUCCCCCAAAAAAUUUCGGUUGAAUCAAAAACUUUUACCCAGUGAUGCUUUUUCUUUUUUUUCUUGAAGUUUGCUGUGACGGUGCCAACCAAAACAGCUUCAAUUUAUCAGUCUUUGGUCUUUGUCGUUGACGUCUUUUUUUUUUCUUUGGGGUCCUUAAUAGUGUUUUGUCUUAAAACUUAAGGAAUCUGGCUUGUGCUCUCUUUUACCAUUGUGGAAGAAACUCGAACCAUUUAUCAAACAAGAAUCCCUAUUGGCACAUGUUCGUCUUCA